GUUGCACAGAUAUGGCCGGGCACGAUCACGAUCACGAUUUGCGUGCCAUUCUCAGUCAGUCAUUCAACCGAACCGGAUCAUUCGCUCUCGCACCAACAUGUUAAUCGUCGCGUGGCUUCUCUCCGCUGUGUUAUCCCUCUGUUUCGUUCUGUGUGUCAUCCACAUCCGAAAAAAAUACUCCUUCUGGUCCGAACGGGGUGUACCGUUCGUCCCGGCACGCUUUCCACUCGGUAACAUCCAGCACGCGUCCCACCUGAUGCUGGACCUCUACCGAGCAUUAAAAGGAAAGCACCCGUUCGGCGGAAUCUUCCAAUUUACCGAACCCGUCGCCAUGAUCACCGAUCCGGAAAUGAUACGAAACGUGCUGGUGCGUGACUUUCGCCACUUUUACGACCGCGGGGGCUACAUCAACCGGCAGCACGAUCCACUGUCCGGCCACAUGCUGAACAGUGGCAGUGAACGGUGGAGCGUUUUGCGUCACGCAUCGAGUCCAAUCUUUUCCACCGGUCGCUUGCGAGCGUUCCUGCCCGAAAUGGUACAAAUGAUCGAUCAGUUUCAGGCGUACCUGGACGCUAAGUUGGCCGCGGAAGGUGAAAUGAUAGAGCUGAAGGGGGUGCUGGAACGCCACAACACGGACAUUGCGAUGCGGUUUCUGCUCGGCCGCGAAGGGAACAAUCUGCUCGCACCGGAAGGUGGUCUGCAUGAGGCAGUUAUGCGUGGAGGGUUCCUACUGCCCAGUGUGUGGAAGCUAUUCCUAAUGACGUCAUACCGUGCCGUGGCGAGAAAGUUGCGUUUGAAGGUGUGCUCACGGGAGCUAAGGGAAACGGUGGAGCGCGCUGUCGAAGAAGCCAUCAACAGCAAGCUGCACGAGCACCGGCCUGAAGCAAGCAGAAGAGUGGAUCUAAUCGAUCAGCUUCUAAAAGCGCCCGGCUUUGAUGGGAAAAGCUCCCUAACGCUGUCGGAAAUAGCCGCACAAGUGUUUCUGUUUGUCGCUGCUUACGAAACGAAUGCUAUAACCACUUUCUACUGCUUGUACGAGCUGGCUCAACGUCCCGAGUUGCAGCAGCGUGCAAGGGCGUGCGUUUGUGAGGCGCUGGAGAAGCAUGGAGGCAUCACGUACGAAGCAAUUGCCCAGAUGCCCUACCUCGAUCAGUGUAUCAAUGAAACGCUCCGCAAGCAUCCACUGGCGAUUAAUCUGAUCCGUGUCGUUACGGAGGACUAUCCCGUGCCCGACUCAACUGGCAUCGUGCUACCAAAAGGGCUGAACAUCAUCGUACCGGUGUACGCCAUCCAUUACGAUCCGCAGCACUACCCCGAACCGGAACGUUUCGAUCCGGAUCGCUUCACGCCGGAAGGUUGCAGGCAGCGCGCACCCUACACCUUUCUUCCCUUUGGCGCGGGUCCUAAAAUUUGCAUUGGCUAUCGGCAGGGCAAGCUACAGCUGCGCACCAUGUUGGCAGUUUUGUUGAGCAGCUACGAGUUUGCUACGUGUGCCAAAUCCACACCAGGGGCGCUAUCGAACGCACACACCGUUAUUAAGCCGCAGGGCGAUCUAUGGUUGAAGGUGAAAAAGCUCAACCGAGUGGUUGCCGCUUAA